CACAGUGGAACAAGACGUGCUGUGUGGGAAUACCAAAUAUAGAUAUAUUCGUUUUUUCUUGGAUUGUAUAGGCUACUGGUUUUCAACUCUAUUAUUUUCAAUGGAUAAAGUUGUAGUCUAUUGAAACGUCAGUAACAUUUUGAAUGCCAAUAUUAUACUACGUAAAUGAUAAGGCUUUCUAUCAUUUCUACCGUUGCCAAAUCGUCCUUUGGAUAAAAAUGAGCACUUGAUGGGAAUUGGACUAUAAGGAAAUGAAGAAUCUUGAUAUCUUCGAUUUGAAGGAUUGCCAGUGAGCGGCCCUCCUAUAUAAGAUGGUUCCCAGUGUGUGUGGUGUGUCCCUGGCUGUGGUGUUGCUGACCCUGGUGUCCCCUGGUGGUGCCUGCCCUCUGCCCUGCUCUUGCUACCAGCCCACUGAACUACACUGCACCUUCAGAUCUCUAGUCAACAUACCACAGCCCCUACCGCAACACACACUACACAUCAACCUGGGGUUCAACAGUAUCAGCAGGAUCCCAGACAGCUCAUUGGCCGGUCUAAAGAGGCUGGCGCUGCUGAUGCUUCAUGGGAAUGACAUCCGUGAGAUUCCUGACGAAGCUUUCCAAGAUCUGUCCUCCCUUCAGGUCCUGAAACUGAGCUAUAACAAGCUGAGGGAGAUCUCAGCAAAGAGCUUCUCAGGCCUGUCCUCUCUACAGCGCCUCCACCUGGAUCACAACUGGCUGCAGUCUCUCCACCCCCAGGCCCUGCUCCGCCUCCCCAACCUCAGACUGAUCCGGCUGCAGGGGAACCGGCUCCACCAGCUGCAUCCCCAGGCCUUCUGCACUCUGUCCCUACUGCAGACAUUCUGCUACUCCACCCUCAGGCAUCUGGACGUGUCCAACAACAGUCUGACUAAUCUGCCCAGAGACAUACUGAGGACCGCCCCUCUUCUGGAGUCCCUAGCUCUACAGGCCAACCCCUGGACCUGCGACUGCAGCAUGGCUUGGCUGCAGGCCUGGAGCAUCUCUCACCUAGGGUUGUUGAAAUGUCCGGGGUCACAGUGCCUGGUCUGUGCCUCACCCAAUCACCUGAAGGGACGUGGUCUUUUGCAGCAGAAAGACUUAUCAUGCACCUCGCCUGUAAUUGCCACCAAUCCCAGAGCCUCAUCUCAGGAGGAUGGCGAAAUUCAGUCAAUAGAAACUUUUAGAGAGGCUUUAGGUCACGCCUCCUUGGGGAUGUCCGACCAACAGGGGAAUGCCGUUGAUCUGAAGUGUAACAUCACACACUCCUCACAGACUCCUGACAUUACCCCACCACCACUUUCCUCCUCUAUCACCCCCCUCUCCCUCUCUCUUUCCCUUUCCCUGGUCUGUGGGGUGGAUGGGCACAGUUAUGAGAGGCUGUGGAGGCUGAUGGCCUACUACAGUGAGACACCUGCCAGGCUUCAGAGAGAAAUCAUGUUGAGUAAAGCCCCAACACUUGCCUACAGGUACAGACAGAGAGCAGAGAGAGAGGGCUACUACCAUACAGGGGUCAGGGCCAGUGUCCAAGCCCAGCCUGCCUGGUUACUACAGCCCCAUGUUAGUCUCCAGUUCAACAGAGCUCAGUCCAGCACCCACAGGGUUAAACUGACCCUGUCCACCCUGGUGUCUGCACCCCCAGACCCCCCAUCCCCACACCCCUGGGUCCUCAUCCAGACCAACAACACCCACACAGCUUUUACAGCAGCCACAGACAGCCAGAUCCACCUGCCCUGUCCUGUCCUUAGCUCUACUGAGGACCUAAGCUCUGGAGACCCCAGGCUCCAAUGGGUGUUUCCAGAUGGUUCAAUAGUCCUCUUCCCCUACCACAGCUCAGAUGGUAGGGUCCGGGUGUCUGGCCAAGGGCUGAUCCUGCAGAGAGUGGAUCACUCUGAUGCUGGACUGUACUACUGCGUGGCCCGGGCAGGGGGAAAUGUCGAUGUUCUCCCCCUCCGUCUGGUGGUAGUAGAAUCAUCCAACCCUCCCCCAGGGGAGGAGCUAGGCCCUGCUGUGACUGGAUUGGUUGGAGACCCUGUCAGUCUACCGUGUGAGGCCUCUGGUUCACCGAGGGUUGAGGUGAACUGGGUUCUUCCUAACGGGGGAGUGAUAGGGAGUAGGAACAAGGGGAGAAGAAGGGGGGAGGCAGGGGUGACUGUCUUAGCCAAUGGUACCCUGUCUCUCCCCUUCCCUGGGCAGAGAGACGCAGGACUAUACCGUUGUGUAGCGGUGAACCAGCACGGUGCUGACUCUCAUUCCACCAGACUGAUUCUAACCCCACGUCUUUCCGACACCUCAUCAAGCAUGAGAUAUCCCAUGAGGCCACAGUCUGUGGUGGGGUUGUCCAACAGGGUACCAGCCCCUCUAGGGGUCAAGGAGGUUGAAGAGGGGGUGUCAGGAAAUGACAAGGGGGAGGAGGAGAACAUACUGCCCACCAGGGCAGGUAACACCAGGAGGAGAGGUCUUAGACCUAAACCUACCCUGACACGGCGCCCCCCCAUCAGAUCCCACAUGGUGAGGGUGGAGGGAGGCGGACCCCCUCAGAGGGGAAGGAGGCCCAUGAGGAGAGGCUUCCCUGUGGAGCAGAAGAGGAACAGGCUGGAGGGCCGUCGGAGGUUUAACCUGGCCAAACACAAGAUAGACCCUCAGAAAUGGGCCGAGCUGCUGGCUAAGAUACGUGAAAGGACUGCCCCUAAAAUCACAGACUCCCUGUAUGUAUCACCCCCAACUAGAGCACGUACUACCACCUCAGCCCCCCCAACUAGAGCAAAGACAACCACCUCAACCCCAACUGAAGCAAAGACAACCACCCUAACCCCAACUGAAGCAAAGACAACCACAUCAACCCCAACUGAAGCAAAGACAACCACAUCAACCCCAAGUGAAGCAAAGACAACCACAUCAACCCCAACUGAAGCAAAGACAACCACAUCAACCCCAAGUGAAGCAAAGACAACCACAUCAACCCCAACUGAAGCAAAGACAACCACCUCAACCCCAACUGAAGCAAAGACAACCACAUCAACCCCAACUGAAGCAAAGACAACCACCUCAGCCCCAACUGAAGCAAAGACAACCACCUCAACCCCAACUGAAGCAAAGACAACCUCAUCAACCCCAACUGAAGCAAAGACAACAACCUCAACCUCAUCUGAAGCAAAGACAACAACCUCAACCUCAUCUGAAGCAAAGACAACCUCAUCAACCCCAACUGAAGCAAAGACAACAACCUCAACCCCAACUGAAGCAAAGACAACCACCUCAACCUCAUCUGAAGCAAAGACAACCAGAAUGCAGACAACCAGAAUAAAGCCAGGCAGCACACAACCAAAGACCACACUACCAAACACCACACUACCAAACACCACACUACCAAAGAGCACACCAGAUGUUACAGUGGGAGGAAAAUCCCCUCAACGUACUGUAUUGGAGUCAGAGGCUGAUACCACAGAGGGUUUUUCCAUAGAUGUCCCCAGUCUACAGGAAGAGGGGUUGAACACUGUCCACACAUCACUGAUCCCAGACCUGCUAACAAAGGAUAGAGGGGCCCCAGAGACAACAAACACUGCAGAUCAGACCAAUAACUUCCCCCAGACCCCUCAGUCAAACACAGACACAAAUACAGGGACAGGAACAGAGACAGAGAGUUCUCCUAAAAGCACAAAGCCAACCUCCAGCAUCAAUGACAUUAGCACAGAGGUGAUCCUUAGUCCUGUAAGGACCACAGGUGAGAGGGGGAGGUAUGGAACAACAAACUCUGGACAGGUAACAUUCUCCAACUCUGUCCCAUCGCAAUCCAGAAUCCCCUGGAAUUCCAGGAGAAGGCCUGGCCAGAAGAGACGCAUCAACAGACCCAGAGGACGACCCACCGCCCCCCAGAAUGCACCAGGUCCAACCUCCCCUCGCCAGAAUACCCCAGGUCCAACCUCCACUCGCCAGAAUACCCCAGGUCCAACUUCCCCUCGCCAGAAUACCUCAGGUCCAACCUCCUCUCGCCAGAAUACCCCAGGUCCAACCUCCCCUCGCCAGAAUAACCCAGGUCAAACCUCCCCUCGCCAGAAUAACCCCAUAGCAGCACUUGCAGACCCCAGGGAACUGCCAGCAGCUGCUACAACCACGACUAUAACCACUACUAUAACUACUGCUCCAUCCUCUACCCGGAUCACUGCUCCAUCAAGCACAUCCGUCUCCUCCCCUGCUUUCUUUCCUGCCUCUCUCCCCCAGACACACACAGACAGGGUGACUCACUCAGCAAACACUGCUUCUCAGCUCCCUGACAGGUCCCAAACGUCUAGCAUACACACACAGAUUUGCACACACACUGGCAAACAUACACCCACAGUCUCUACAACUAGUACACACACAGACAAACAUACACCCACAACAACUAGUACACACACAAACAAACAUACACCCACAGUUACACACAGCGAUGCAGACAAACAGAGUUAUGCUGAAACAGAGGGUCAGGUCUGGACCACUCCAAAAGAGCAGGUUCCAUCUGUCUUCAACCAACACAACCCAGAGGAUAUCAAAACAACUCCCCCUCGGUCUGGAACCACACCAGGCAGAACAACACCUACUGGCACUGAGAAAGAACCCAGUGAGAUAGAACCCAGUGAGAUAGAACCCCUCUACCCAGCUGCUGAUGAAGAACCCAAUGAGGAAGAACCACCAGCCACUGAUGAAGAACCCAGUGAAAUAGAACCCAGUGAGAUAGAACCCCUCUACCCAGCUGCCGAUGAAGAACCCAAUGAGGAAGAACCACCAGCCACUGAUGAAGAACCCAGUGAGAUAGAACCACCAGCAACUGAUGAAGAACCCAGUGAGAUAGAACCACUAGCAACCGAUGAAGAACCCAAUGAGGAAGAACCACCAGCCACUGAUGAAGAACCCAGUGAGAUAGAACCACCAGCAACUGAUGAAGAACCCAGUGAGAUAGAACCACCAGCAACUGAUGAAGAACCCAGUGAGAUAGAACCACUAGCAACUGAUGAAGAACCCAAUGAGGAAGAACCACCAGCCACUGAUGAAGAACCCAAUGAGGAAGAACCACCAGCAACUGAUGAAGAACCCAGUGAGAUAGAACCACUAGCAACUGAUGAAGAACACAGAGAGGUAGAACCACCAGCAACUGAUGAAGAACACAGAGAUGUAGAACCACCAGCAACUGAUGAAGAAUACAGAGAGGUAGAACCACCAGCAACUGAUGAAGAACACAGCGAGAUAGAACCAACAGGCACUGAUGAAGAACACAGAGAGGUAGAACCACCAGCAACUGAUGAAGAACACAGAGAGAUAGAACCACAAGCCACUGAUGAAGAACACAGAGAGGUAGAACCACCAGCCACUGAUGAAGAACACAGAGAGAUAGAAACACCAGCCACUGAUGAAGAACACAGAGAGAUAGAACCACCAGCCACUGAUGAAGAACACAGAGAGAUAGAACCACUAGCCACUGAUGAAGAACACAGAGAGAUAGAACCACCAGCCACUGAUGAAGAACACAGAGAGAUAGAACCACCAGCCACUGAUGAAGAACACAGUGAGAUGGAACCAGUCUAUCUAGCACCUGAUAAACCAGAGGAGAGACAGCCAGAGUCAGAAAUAAACAGCUCUCUUUCAUCUACAACACAACUACUGUCCCCAAACACAACUGAUACAGCAGCUACCACGGUUUCAGCCAUCACCUCCUCUACAGUCAUCACCUCCAUUAGAAGAACUAACACUAUAACUAUUCCUACAACUACUAUUCCUACAACCACUAUUCCUACAACUACUAUUCCUACUACCACUAUUCCUACAACUACUAUUCCUACUACCACUAUUCCUACAACUACCACUAUUCCUACAACUACUAUUCCUACUACCACUAUUCCUACAACUACUACCACUAUUCCUACAACUACUAUUCCUACUACCACUAUUCCUACAACAACUACCACUAUUCCUACAACUACUAUUCCUACUACCACUAUUCCUAUAACUACUACCACUAUUCCUACAACUACUAUUCCUACUACCACUAUUCCUACAACUACUACCACUAUUCCCACAACUACUACCACUAUUCCUACAACUACUACCACUAUUCCUACAACUACUACCACUAUUCCUACAACUACUACUACCACUCCUAGUACUACAACAGUCUGGAGGAAUCCUGGGCUAAACGCCAUCCCAGACUCACAUGGCAGUCGCUACCGCCCCCCACCUUACCCCAACUACCCACAACACCUUAUUACUAGGCCUGACCCAGUCAGAACUCCACCCCCAAUAAAACACGCACCCUCUCUCCCACACCGUGUCAACCCCAAACUUCUUCUCCCAGACAUUUUAGAGACCCCUUCCUCUGCAGUCCCCACCACAAGAGCUCCGUCCAGCCCUCCCAAGAUCUCCCCACCCACCACAGACCCUCAGGCCGGGGUCAACACUGGCUCUACUCCUCAUCGUUCCCCUCCCCUCUCUCCACACCGUAGUGUGACUGCCCAACGCCCCCCUCAGACCCCUGUCCUGCGUGUCAGGCCCCUUAUCACUCCCCCCCAUGUGCGCCCCAUGUCUGUCCCAGCUGAGAGUGACGCCCUCCUGCCAUGCGAGGCCAUUGGACAGCCUCCUCCGACAAUCACCUGGAUCAAGGUCUCCACAGGAGCUGUGAUAUCACUGGACACCAAGGCAGAGCGUUUCCAGGUCCUACCCAACGGAACCUUUCUCAUCCGGAGCGUGCAGGUCCAGGACCGAGGGACAUAUAUCUGCAGCGCACAGAACUCUGUGGGUCUUGACCGUGUGAUGGUGACUCUGGAGGUCUGGUCCCGCCCACCACGCAUUCAGCUACCCACUCACAGAGAGGCCACGGUGCACCAGGGGGGAGAGGUGAGGUGGGAAUGUCGGGCUCAGGGGGUGCCUGUCCCUCUGCUGUCCUGGGUGCUACCUGACCGCUCCAUCCUGACCCCCGACCUUAACUCCAACCCUGCCCAUGGCCCUCACCCCCGGGUGUCUAUAUUCCCUAAUGGUACUCUGCGUAUUGUGGCUGUCGCCCCAGCAGACAGAGGACUUUAUCGCUGUGUAGCCUCCAACCCAGCAGGGGCAAGCAGUCUGUCAGUCCGACUCCAUGUCUCCUUCCUGCCUCCAGCCAUCCAGCAGCCGAGAGAGGAGAGGGUAACCCAGCCCGCUGGCAUGCCUGUCUACGCCCACUGCUCUGCCCGGGGUGCCCCCGUUCCCUCCAUCCGCUGGAGGACCCCAGAUGGUACGCUGCUGCUCCCCUCUCAAUUCCUCAACGGGAACCUGUUUGUCCUCCCCAACGCCACCUUGCUGAUACGCAAGCUUUCCACUAAGGACUCUGGGAGCUACGAGUGCCUGGCAACUAAUGCAGUGGGCGGGGAUAAGAGGACGGUGAGGGUGUUGGUGACUGGAGAUGAAGGAGGAGGUGUUGUCUCCACAGAUAAAACUACAUCCUCCUCUUCCAUUAACAGUAACUCUGACCUGAAACCCUCCUCAGCCGUCCUUAACCCUCCUCUCCGGCCCUCCUCCCCCCUCAGUAAGGCUAAGAUCCUCUCCACCUCUCCAUCCAGUUCUAUAGUUGUAUAUGGUGAAACUCUGCUCCUUCAAUGUUCAGUAACCGGCAACCCAGAGCCUAGAGUGGUCUGGAGGGUACCUGGCAAGAAACUAGUGGAUGCCCACUACAGUUUUGACAAGAGGAUGAAGGUACAUAGUAAUGGAACGCUGUAUAUCCAGUCCGUAACGGAGAAAGACGGGGGGGACUAUUUAUGUGUCGCACGAAAUAAAAUGGCUGAUGACUACCGCCUCCUCCGUGUCACCGUGGUCACAAAGCCCGCUAAACCCGCUAAGAUUGAGCCAAAGCAGCCGUCCAAUCAGAAGGUGGUAUCGUAUGGAGCAGCUUUAAAGGUAGACUGUCUGGCGACCGGGCAGCCCGACCCCUCAGUGAGUUGGAGCCUACCGGACGGAACCUCAGUGAACAGCGUACUGUUGCAAGGGGAGGAGAAAGGGGGACGGAGGAGGCGGCUGGUGGUGUUUGACAACGGGACUCUGUUCCUCCCCUCAGUGGGGAUGGGGGAGGAGGGGGAGUAUGUCUGCCACGCUGAGAACCAGAUGGGGAGAGACUCCAUGAGGGUGAUGAUCAAAGUCCUUACCUCACCCCCUUCCUUCCCCAGAACGAGAUAUGAGGUCAUCAAGGUGCAACAAGGGAGUGUGUUGGCUCUGAACUGUGGGGCCAAAGGAGAGCCCAUCCCUACAGUCACAUGGUUCUCUCCAAUCAAUCGUGUCAUCCCUGUGGGGGGGUCCGGUCCAGUUGUAGUGCGGCCAGAUGGCUCCUUGGUGAUCCAGGGGGCUAGAGGGGCUGACGGAGGAAACUACACCUGCCGAGCCAGCAAUGUGGCUGGGGAGAUGAGCAGGAUGAUGGGGGUGGAGGUGAGCGUGACCCCACCCAGCUUCACUCUCAAUGGGGCUAGGGGUGGACUCGAUGGGACAGACAGACAUACAGCUGUUGUUAGCAGUAGUGGAGUCAGUGCUGUGAUCACCAUCAGUCAGUCUGCAGGGAGGGUUCAGUCGGGCAGUACUGGUAAUGGUGUCAGUACUGGUAAUGGUGUCAUUAAUAAUGAAGUUAGUCAUAAUGGGGUCAGUAAUGUAGGGGACCAGAGGGUCUCAGCAGUAAGAGGCCAGACAGUUAUUUUGCCCUGUCCAUCCCAGGGCUUCCCUCCACCCCGCUUGGCCUGGUUGCUGCCUGGUAACGGGGUUCUCCCGGCGCCUUACUACGGCAGCAGACUCACUGUGCACCGCAACGGAACCCUAGAGCUGAGGGGGGUGAGGGCAAGCGAUGCUGGCCUGAUGGUGUGUGUUGCUCGCGGUGAGAGGGGCGAGGCUCAGAUAAUGGUACAUCUGGAGGUUUUAGACACACAGGACCCACCUCGCUCCAGAGGCCCAGUGACCACAGGGAAACCUUGCCCAGUAGGCCCAGUCAGCACAGAGAAACCUCAUCCAGUAGGCCUAGUCAGCACAGAGAAACCUCAUCCAGGCCCAGUCAGCACAGAGAAAUCUCAUCCAGUAGGCCCAGUCAGCACAGAGAAACCUCACCCAGUGGGCCCAGUUAACACAAAGAAACCUCGCUCAGGAUUCGCAGUUACAGAGGAGACACCUCACCCCAGAGGCCCAGUCACUACUGAGAAACCUCACUUAGGAGGCCAAGUCAGCACAGAGAAACCUCGCUCAGUAGGCGGGGAUAAGAGGACAGUACCAGGAGUCCCAUUCCGAGGGGAUACACCUCGUCCAAGAGGCCCAGUGUCAGAGGCAGCAAGGAGUGUCAUCCCGGAGAGGAAGCCUUUGGUCAUCAGCAGAUCAGCUUCUCUGGUCAGCAUCAUAAGCGGAGAGAAUCUACAGCUACCCUGUCCCCAGACAGACAGCCCCAGUCAUAGUUCCAGCCAGACCCAGUCUCUGACCUGGACGUUGCCCAGCGGGGGGAUUGUGUCUCGGGGCCAGACGGCAGGAACGGGUCAGUACUCAAUCCUGGAUGACGGGACUCUGACGGUGCAGCAUGCGUCUGUGUUCGACAGGGGGACCUACUCCUGCCGAUCCACCAAUCAGGACACGUUGUCUAUCCUGACAGUUCCAGUGAUUGUCAUUGCCUACCCCCCUCGCAUCACCAAUGGCCCCCCUCCCCUGACCUACACUCGUCCUGGUGUUGCUGUGCAGCUCACCUGCUACGUCAUAGCAACCCCCCGAGCGACCAUCACCUGGGAGAUGCCGGACCAAUCCCAGCUAAGGGUCACAGGUCAGGCCCGUCUCUAUGGCAACCGGUACCUGAGUCCCCAGGGUUCCCUGGUGAUCCAGAACCCGACCAGCAGAGACACUGGGUUCUACCGCUGUACUGCACGGAACGACAUUGGAACCGACACCAAGGCCACUUAUCUACAUGUGAUCUAACAGAACACACAUACAGUGAGACCUGGUCCUGCUUAACACACACACACACACACACACACACACACACACACACACACACACACACACACACACACACACACACACACACACACACACACACACACACACACACACACACACACACAAAUACACACACACCCACACACAAAUACAAAUACACAUACACACACCUUUUGCCCUAAGAAACUGCAAAGUUGAGUGCAGAAAAUACUGUUCAACCAAAGACUGAUAAAAGAUAGUAAUAGAGAAUAUAAAACCAAAUGCAUUUUGUGUGUUAUGCAUCUUUUUUUAACCUUUAUUUAACUAGGCAAGCCAGUUAAGAACAAAUUAUUAUUUACAAUGACGGCCAACCCCGGCCAAACCCGGAUGACGUGGGGCCAAUUGUGCGCCGCCCUAUGGUACUCCCAAUCACGGCCGGAUGUGAUUCAGCCAGAGUGUGUUAUGCAUCUUACAGCCAUAGUGUGUUAUGCAUCUUACAGUCAUAGUGUGUUACACAUCUUACAGCCAUAGUGUGUUAGGCAUCUUACAGCCAUAGUGUGUAACGCAUCUUACAGCCAUAGUGUGUAACGCAUCUUACAGCCAUAGUGUGUUACGCAUCUUACAGCCAUAGUGUGUUAUGCACCUUACAGCCAUAGUGUGUUAUGCACCUUACAGCCAUAGUGUGUUAUGCACCUUACAGCCAUAGUGUGUUAUGCACCUUACAGCCAUAGUGUGUUAUGCACCUUACAGCCAUAGUGUGUUAUGCACCUUACAGCCAUAGUGUGUUAUGCACCUUACAGCCAUAGUGUGUUAUGCACCUUACAGCCAUAGUGUGUUAUGCACCUUACAGCCAUAGUGUGUUAUGCACCUUACAGCCAUAGUGGGUUAUGCACCUUACAGCCAUAGUGUGUUAUGCACCUUACAGCCAUAGUGUGAGUUAUAAAAGCAAUGAGCAGCUCUGAGAAGCAACUGCGUCAUUCAACAACAAGAAAUAGUGUCAACAUCACAGACUAUAUCAGGGAGUAAAAACAUCAGCUGUUGCAAUACACAUCAUGCAACAUGCAACAUAUUCAGCUCUGUAUUACAACCUUUCUGAACUUUUACCUCCAUAAUAUCUAAAGUGGCCUUUUGAGUCCUGUGUACAGUUAUGUAUUCAUGAGCAGAACAAAUGUUUGAUAGUGGUCACAGAACUCCUCCAAUGUAGUUCUGUGGAGCCACAGGAGUCUGCAGCGCUCUGUGUCUGCAGCUCUCUGUAGCAUAGAUGUGUGUGUGGCUCCAGUGUCAGAUCACGCAUGUGAAAAUAUCCAUAUAAAAGCUGAUAUCAUCAUGUUUCAAUUUUGUUUAAAUUAUUUGUCUUGUAAAGACUGUAAUAUAUUGUUAUUUUGUGCCUCUUGUCAUAAAGAGAGAGAUGUCUCUCGAAUCUCUCACUAACCUUCUGCUUUUUCCCCCCAACUGCUACAUUUUAUAAAUAAAAGUUAAAAGGAAUUCA